AUGGUUGUAGAUGAUUCGACGUACAUUACGCCACAUGAAGCUGCCCUUGCUGUGGAGGCCACUUCCAUGAAGAAAUCCCGAAUGCAAAUAGAUGUGUUGGUGAUUAACAGCAUCAUUGCAGGAAUCGUGUUUAGUAGUGGUGGUAUUUUGAAUAUUUCAGUACAUUCCGAUAAUCCAGGUAUAUGGGAGAAGAAUCCAGGUAUUCUAAAAUUUAUGGCAGGUAUUCUCUAUGGGAUUGGUUUAUUCUAUGUGGUUAUCCUGGGUGCGGACCUUUUCAACUCUAACAUCCUUUACUUUUCUGUGGGACUUCUUAGAAGAUCGGUGAGCAUUUAUGACGUAUUGAUAUCAUGGUUUUGCAGUCUCUUUGGGAAUAUAGGUGGUUGUCUACUAGUUUGUUACGUUUUCGUGCAUUUAUCAUCCUUGAGUUCUUCACACCUUUGGAAAGUUGGAUCUAAACAACUAGCUGAAGAAAAAGCUAGUUUUUCUUUUAUUCAGACUUUUUUAAAGGGGAUAGCGGGUAAUUUUUUCGCAUGCCUCGCCAUAUAUUUACAACUGAUGGCUAAACCUCUUCAUGUGAAAUGGAUUAUGAUCACUUUACCCAUCUUUACAUUUGUAUCCAUUGGAUUUACUCACGUAGUAGGAGAUAUGCCACUUUUAUUCAUUGGGAUGUUAAAUGGGGCUAAUGUGUCCGUGGGUAAAUACAUUUGGAAGCUUUUAGUUCCAGCCUCUGUUGGAAACAUUUUAGGUGGCUUUUCAUUCAGUUUACUUAUACCAUUCUACUUACAUUUGCUAGUAGUUGAACGUGAUAGGAAAAAAUUGUCAUUACCUCAAUACGAGGAGAGGGAUGAGCAACCUGAACUAAAUAUGGAUUCCCGUGUGGUUAGAGUCCAACCAGAAGAGGAACUAUACGACGAGGACCAAGCACGAGAAGAAGAAGAAGAAGAAGAAGAAGAACGUAAUGAGAAGAACCCCGGUGUACCAAUACGAAAUUCUGUGACUUCAAGCAGAUCAAAUAGAUCAGCACAUUCAUCGGCAGCAGAUCAAUUGAGCAUGAACGACUCUUCUAAUUACUUUGGUAGACCAGAGGCUCUCGAAGACAGUUCUCAAUUAAAAUAUCCUGUAAAAAGGUGGGAUUCCAAUCGUUCUGGUGUAUCAUUUUAUUCUACAAUAUCUAAUGGUGUAAGGAGACGUUCCAGGACCACACCAGCUGGUGUUUUCCCUGUCAAAGGUAUGGCUACUCCAUUUAGAGAUAGGGACCUAAGAACUCAAAGAAUGACUGAUUCUGCUACAGUGUAUGGUCAGCCUCUUGGUGAUGUGGAGCCUGUGUCAACGGGUCCCUCUCGCAGAGGUAGUUCUCUAAGGGGAUCAUUAGCGAAAUCUACGGAUACUGGUGAAGACAGCACUGAGAAUUAUGGGGUAGUUGAUUCCAAACCUGGUGCCAAAUUGGAAAAGGCUAUCACCAGGUUCAUUUCAAGAGUACCUUCUAAACCAAGCAAAAACGAAUUACCCAGAACCACGCAAGAAUCCUUCCCUUACAAGCAACCGCCAUCGUUUUAUUCUACUCAUAAACCAUUUAUGAGUAGCCGGAAUAGUUCUGGAAAUGUGACCUCUUCUACCCAACGAAGAAGUUCAACUGACAUUCCAAGGGCAAAAGUUCCCUCAUUACAAAGAAACUCAAAAUUCCAUCAAUCAAAUACUAAAGCUAUUGAUGAAAUCGGACCUGCGGAAUUGGAUAUAAUUUCUAGUUGGAAUAGUGGGAACAUUUCCCAUCUACCUGAACUACCAUCUAAACAACCUGACUAA